GUUAUGCAGUUCUUUGGACUGAGUUUUUCCAAAGUGAAAUUUCCAGGAUGCUGUCAUUCCCGUACUAGUUUCUCCGCUAGAAAAAGUGCAAGCAAUAAUUGCCAUUUUUAACGAGAAGCUGCGGAAACGACUGUUCUUCACAUUCCACUAGAAAAAUUGAAAGCAAUAAUUGUCAUUUUUAAUCAGAAGCUGCGAAAACAAGUGUUCUUGAUCAACAGUUCUUUGGCUGUGAGUUUUUUCAAAGCAAAAUGUCCGGCAUGGAUGUGGUGGUGGCCGCGCUUGUCGGUGGAGCAGUCGGAAAAACUACUGAGAGUCUCUGUGACUCUAUCUCUUCUACGAUCAAGAACAUUGUCAAAGGCACACAACAGCUUGAUGUUUUAGCCAAGAACACAGCAGUGGAGCAUAUUCCUGGACCUUCAAUUCAAGAUCAAACAGCAUCAGUAUCAGAAGAUUUAGCCAAAACUAUGGCUCUAUUGUUUGACAAUAGAUUCCAGAGGAUUGGUAUAUGGGGGAUGGGAGGCGUCGGCAAAACUAAUCUGGUGAGAAAUUUGAACAAUAAGCUGCUUGAAAUGAAUUCAAAUCAUAUGCCUUUUAGCUGUGUACUAUGGGUUACAGUGUCCAAAAAUUUGGACAUAAAAAAGCUCCAGAUGGGAAUAGCUUCCAGACUGAAGUUGGAACUGAAAGAAAGUUCGGGAGCGGAUGGAAUGGCUACUCAACUUCAUCGAAGACUAAAGGAGGAACGUUUUCUUCUCAUUCUCGACGAUGCUUGGCAAAAAAUUGAUUUGGACAUUUUGGGUGUCCCGCGGCCUGAAGUUCAAAGCGGAAGUAAGAUCAUGUUGACAUCUAGAUCUUUGGAUGUAUGUAGGGAUAUGCUGACUGAUGUUGAAGUUAAAAUGAGCGUUUUGAAGGAUGAAGACGCUUGGCAACUAUUUAGUCGGCAUGCGGCGGAUGUGGUUAGUUUGGAACAUAUCAGACCACUUGCAGAGGCAAUUUGUAGAGAGUGUCAAGGAUUGCCUUUGGCCAUCAUCACCACGGGAACAGCUAUGAGACGAAAGACGAAUCCUGAGGUAUGGAAGCAUGCUUUGAAUCAGUUCCGAAGAUCAGUGCCUUGUGCAGCGCAAGUUGAGGAGACGGUUUAUAAGCAUUUGAAGUGGAGUUACGACUCAUUAGAAUGUGAAGACUUGAAAAAUUGUUUCCUUUACUGCUCUUUGUUUCCUGAGGACUUCUCAAUUGAUAUAGUUGAACUGGUAUGGUACUGGCUAGCGGAAGGUUUAAUAGAUGAACGAGAAGACUAUGAGGUUUUCUACAGUAGAGGAAUUAGUUUGAUUGAAAAUUUGAAGGACGCCUGUUUGUUGGAAGAGGGUUCCAGGAAGGGCACCGUGAAGAUGCAUGACGUUGUUCGUGAUGUUAGCAUAUGGAUUGCAUCAACCUGCAGCGAGGAUGGAAGUAAAUACCUCGUUCGUACAGGGAAAGGGUUGAAAGAGAUUUCAGCUACCGAGCUAUCAAAUUCUCUCAAAAGAGUUUCUUUUAUGGAUAAUGAUUUAGAAAAACUACCUAAUGAUUUUGUGAUUCGAUGUUCAGAGGCAUCAACUUUUUUACUACAAAAUAAUCCUCGCCUUGACUUAAUUCCUGAAAUAUUUUUGGAACGAUUUAAAGCACUGAGAGUCUUGAAUUUCAGUACGACCUGCAUCAAGUCAUUGCCUGAUUCUCUUCUUCAACUGGAUGACCUCCGUGCUCUUCUUUUGAGUAAUUGCAAGGAUCUCGAAGGAUUGCCCCCACUGGAAAGGCUCAGUAGACUUCAAGUACUUGAUCUCUCUUUGACUGGUAUUAGAGAAUUGUCAAGAGGGUUAGAGCAACUCAGCAACUUAAGGCAUCUAAACUUAGCCGGGACUUACAAACUGAAAGUGGUUAAAGCUGGAGUCAUAUCCAAGUUGUCCAGAUUAGAAGUUCUGGACCUGUCAGACAGUGGCUACAUUUGGAAAGAGAAAGGAGCGGUACAAGAGGAGGAAGCAUGUUUUGAAGAGCUGCCAUGCCUGGAGCGGUUACAAGUUUUAUCCAUCACAUUGAAUUGGAUCCCAUGUUACACUCCCCAAGAUACAAUUACUUCCUGGAUAAAUGGAUUAAAAGCAUUCGACAUUAGCGUCGGACUAUCGAUAUGUUCUGGUCCAGUGCGAGACCUAUGGCUACUCUUGGAUGCGCCAAAAUUCGUGACUAUAGAUGGGAUUGAUCUCUCGGGAGGACAGAUCGGGUGGUUGUUGAGCAAUGCAAGUGAUCUAGGCAUAAUAGAUUGUGGAGGACUGAAUGAGAUGCUACAAGGCACAAGCUUUACAUAUUUAAAAAAGCUUCAGAUUAUGCACUGUAACUGCAGUUUUCGGACUGGAGGACCUGCAGCACAGUAUGACCUACUACCCAAUUUGGAGCAACUUCAUCUGGAACAUAUGAGAGGCGUUGAAAGCAUUUCAGAACUAGGCAAUCUUCUCGGGCUGAGAUUUCAGAGACUGAAGAAACUACUUGUGAUUUCCUGUUCGAAGAUGAAAUAUCUUCUCUCCCUGGGGAACUCCAAUAAUCGCACAAUGCCAAAGCUAGAAGUAAUCAAGGUAAGCUAUUGUCCCAAUUUAGAAGAGCUCUUCAAUUAUCUUCCAUUGCAGAUCAAUAUGGCUGAUCCAAAUCCUAUUACCCCAAAACUACAAAACUUGAAAUUGAGGAACCUUUGCAAAUUAAGGAAUCUUUGUAGGGAUGAAAAGACUUGGCCGGGUAAUAAAGUGAAGGUUGAGGUGAUCGGCUGCGAUGUUCUGAGCACUGAGCAAUAAUAUGAUGGAAACUAGUUGGGGGGAAACGAAUUGGAGACACAUGCAUCCACAGGCGAAACUAAAUAAUAUUUUACGUGUUUUUGUUGGAGUGAGGUGUGCAAUAUAUAUAUAUAUAUAUAUAUAUGUAUAAUUUUCUGGAAGUUUAUAUAUAUGACGUACGUGUGCAUGUCUAUAUAUAUAUAAAAGAUAAAUUUGAUGUAUUUUGAUGUAUUAAUUUUGUGAGUGACAUUUGAUGUAAUGAUCAGCUUUCUUAUGUACAUUAACAAAAUAACUAACAAGUAAAAAACUUUCCAAGGGCCAAAUAUAUUUUAUGACACUUUCUUAUUUGUUUUGUUUGUAACCAUGCAUGGCCCAUCGAUAUCUACUCCUGGGGUACAUGAGUGUAAAACAAUACAACUACUUGAAGUCGACAAGUCGCCCAGGGCGUAAGCCGCCAGUGGAAGGGAAAGGAAAGAAACCUAGAGGGGAUUCACCGGCUAGACCAGAUUAUGAUGAUAAUGUAUUUCGCCCUUCCGAGUAAUUCGCAAUGGGGGUAUUCAUCCAGCGACCUGCAUCAGCUUUAUCGGGGAGGUUACUCUGGCCUCUUCGAGUCAAGCCACGUUGCCGUCACCCCCUCGAGGCUUGGGGGUGCAGUCCCCACCUGACUCGCCUGCUAUGCUUCUUCCUUGGUCAAUUCGAGCCCUUCAGCGGUUGCAUUGGUUGUUCUGCCUACCUCGCCUGGUGGGGCAGGCCUCGCAGCUUUAUUCUCUGGUGCUUCCUGGGGUCAUUCUACUUAGGGAUAGUAGGGCGUGUCUUUUCUUGCGCAUAGAAUUAACAUUCCCGUUGUCCACUCUUCGGGCUCUGCUUGGAGGUAGAGGUCAUGCUGGAGCACCAGAAGGGGCAACACAAGCCAUGCUAUGGGCUGGGGAGGCUAUGGCUGAGGUUGUAAGCAUAGGGGGUCAGGUGGUGGGGGCUCGUACUGGGGUAGGCAGUACGAGGAGUUUGUCGAUGCCCCCGGAGCUUUCCUUGUCUUUGUUGGGGCUGAGGCAACUAUUGUUAAGGUCUGAGCGGGUUCGGGGGUGACCUAGGGCGAGGGGGCAGAAGCUAAGGGCCCCUUACAAUGGAGGCUGCACCCCGACUGGGGCAUAUAAGAGAUCACGUGGGCCGUGUCUAAGCGACCACCCAAGGCUUGCAAGGAUUCUUUGCACAGGUUCAUACUCGGGGCUUUUGUCCCUUUUCCUUUUGGUGUCCUGACGUUCCUUUUGCAAUUCUAAUGAGGGUUUUUCUAGUAGGGUGUAGAGCGACUGGCGACAUUCAUCGUGGAGGACCAAGAAGAGUUGGAGACUAAGAACCAAGAGUCUCGUUCUUUGGCCCGCGUGGCCUUGGGUAACCCGAGGGUUGAGAGAGAACUCAGGGAGGAUUUGGAGGGUUCCCUUGCUAACCUGCACCGAUGUUUCAGUUAUCUAAAUUCUGACUUGCAGAAGUCCUAAGAAGAGGCUACAUUGUGCCGUCAUGACCUUGGGUGCGAGUCAGACACAAGAGGUAGUAUUCAGGAGAUAUUUGACCGCCAAUCGAAGAAGCUUGAAAGGCUUCAAUUUGUAAAUUUAGAGCUGGACAGCAAGCGUGACUUCGUUGAGAGGUCCCACAAGUGGACCGAGAAGAAGUUUUUGGACAUCUCCCAGUCACUUUGGAGAGGAGGAACUCUCUUAAAGCUAUGAGGGCAAAGGGUGACGCGCUGAAGUCUACAAAUGCCGAGGUGGAGGCUUUGCUUUAGCAGUCAUGCGUUUGGUAGGUCUGAGAUGGAGCGUGGUACCACAGCUUCUCUACGGGCCAUGAAGGGUUAAAGGACUACUUGCUAAUGAACCUUGGGCGCAACACGCAGCUAUUGGAUUUUGGGUUAGUUACGCCCAGUCCGGUGGCGCUGGAGGCGGGAGCUUGCGUAGGGGAAGACCUAAUCCCGAGUACCUUUUUGGCUAACCCCGCCAUGCUCACAGCAGAUCUGAACACCCCAAAGGCAGGUCUUGUUGAGUCUGAGGAGGAUCUUGUGAUCACUUAGUUCGGCCUUGCAUUCAUGUUAUGUAUUUUAUUUCUGAUUCAAUGUAAAAUGUUGAUUUUUCCUAUUUUCUGACCUCACGGAUUUGUUCUUAAUGAGAUUAUUUACUUUUGCA